GCAGUCAGUCAGGUGUGGUCGGCGGGGAGACGGUCCGACCGUCGAGCCAGCGGAAUCAACGGGCACAAGGCAGAGUGUAGCACCGGUCUGUGAGCAUGACCCACCGGCCAAGCACCGCGUCAUGACCACACUCCUUUUGGUGAACCCUCCUCGUGCAAUGAAACAGGGAACGGGUGACUUUUUAGCCAACCACCAGAGGAACCGAAGGGAUUGAGUCAAAGAAACCUCUGCAGAUGUAACCGCUGCUGUUAAAAAAGAGGAACAUCUUAGUUUCUUUCAAGUGCAACAACCAAAAAAAAAAAAAAAGAGGGGGGGUGGAAUUCUGAGGAGAAGGGCAGAAACUGGGUUUAUGAUCAGCACUACCACAAAAUGCCAAAUGUGUCUGUCCUGGAGCCGUACAUGUGAAGACUGAGCAUCCAGAGGAGGAGUGCUGGAGCUGCACUGACACAACUGUGGAGGAGUUGUUGGAAAUCCCCCACAGGAGUGUCGCUGGGUGGAACUGGAAGUAAGGUGGAACCACGGUGCCGGCCCUCGCCGUCAAGCGUGAAUCAUAAAUGCAGAGCUCUCGAGAAGUGCCACCUACUCUGCUGGCUGCUGCGGUUUCGCUUUUAAAACGAUGUGAACAUCAGAACUGAAACUGUAGUGUAACUGGAAAUGUCCUCACGCCCAAAGGGGAAUCGAACCUGUGAUUUCUGGACAAACUCUUGAGGUGGUCAGCGUUUGGAGGCGGAACAAGGCGAGCGCCGCAUGUGCACUUGGAGGGAAGGAAGCUCACCUUCCUCCCUAUGAAACUGGUUUUACUUGGAAAUCCAAAACAAGGCCAUCCAAAUGGCAGGGAAAGACUACAAUCAUCUCUUUAAGCUGCUCAUCAUUGGAGACUCCAAUGUGGGAAAAAGCAGCCUCCUGCUCCGCUUCGCAGAUAACUCCUUCUCAGGCAGCUACAUCACCACCAUCGGCGUGGACUUUAAGAUCCGGACGGUGGAUAUCGAUGGGGAGCGGGUGAAGCUGCAGAUCUGGGACACGGCGGGGCAGGAGAGGUUUCGAACCAUCACCUCAACGUACUACAGAAACACCCACGGCGUCAUCAUAGUUUACGACGUGACAAAUCCAGAGUCGUUCGUAAAUGUUAAGAGGUGGCUGAAUGAAAUCUCCCAGAACUGUGACAGCGUCUGCAAGAUCCUGGUGGGGAACAAGAAUGACGACCCUUCCAAGAAGCAGGUGGAUACCCAGGAUGCUUUGCGUUUUGGGGAGUCGGUGGGUGUCCGUGUCUUCGAGACGAGUGCCAAAGAGAACAUAAAUGUUGAAGAGAUGUUCAUGGCCUUCACCCUCAUGGUGCUCCGGGCCAAGAAGGAGAGCCAGAACAGAGUGGAGAGGGAGCGGGAGCGGGAGAAGGACACGGUGAACAUCAACGCCCAGCGAGACCGAGACCGCAGGAAGAGAGGGAAGAAAUGCUGCUGAGACGCCGCUUCCGCCCACGGCAUUCAGCUGAGACUGAACUCUGUGCCUUAGAGGCCGUCUCUCACUGCAGAUAUGAAUGUGUGGAGCUACAGCACAGCAGGCUGUAGCUCUCGCUGUACCUGAGGGUCUACAGUCUGCCAGCACUGAAUGCAAGUAGCAGCCAGGAGGUCACAUGACCUAAAGGAUCAUUCUGGUGUUUAUGCUUUUUUUUUUUUUUUUUUUUUCUAACCACACUGCAGCGUUUCAUGUUUGUUGGACUGAAGCUAAAGAGCGACUAAUGUGCAGGUUGGUUUGUGGAUGCUAACCAGAAAAAACAUAUUUUCUGUGACGUUUAUUCAAACGAGUGGAUUCCUGAGCUCGCCUUAAAUGACUCGUUUCAGUCUGGGCUGCACUGGUUUAUGAGGAGGUGUGUGACGUUUGAUCAUCAGCUUAAUCAGCACCUUUAAAACUGUCUCAUUCAAGUUACGCCAGAAAAAGGAAGUUGGUCUGAGCCUCUUGAGCUUGCAUAUAUCCCGCCUUUUAUCUUCACCACUAUCGACGACAGAUUACAAUUUUCAAACACUUCACUGGGCAGGAAACAAACCUGGUUUCACCAUUAAAACUGAUUAUUUUAUGACUCAUCUCUCCAAAGACAGAAUUCAGUUCAUGGUCACAUGUAGCCAAAGAACUUUCCACCAACAUGGCACCGAUGCUUGAGCUCUAGAGCCGGGGACCUCUGUGGUGAGCGUUCAAACACGUUCCACCUUUUUGGCGUGAAACGUGUUUGAUUGGGCACUGCGUCAGUCAAUAAUGCGUCCUGAUUGAUGGAAAACCCUGAGAUUUGGUCACAUGUCGAGUCUGUGCUCCCACCACAGCUGCACAGCCCUUUAGGGAGAAUCAGUUUUUAUGUUAAAGUGCUCCGAUUCUGCUCGUUUCCUCCUCCAUGUUUUUGGAUUAAAGCAGCUUUGCAUGAUUACUUACUUAUCUCGUGCUAGGCUUGUUUCAGACAGGCUUCAUCCUGUCUGAAACAAGCCGAUAGCUUCUCCCCUGUUAAGUCAGUUUUUCUCUGGUUGGCUGCCCCUCAUCAGCAGAGGUUUUGAAAGUGGGAAAAUAAUGACCUCGCGACCUUUCCUCACCUGCACAAUGACAGGUUAUAGUUGUAUGUAGGUUUCACUGAAGAUAAAGUCAAACUGCAGGGAUUUGUUUCCAUUUUGUUCUGUUUACCUUCUGUGACACGUGGAAGAUGAAAGCCAUAUCACGCUCCACGUCUUUAAUCGCCAGUUCUCAUGUUAGUGGAAAAAAGGGAGAAACACUGAGAAACUCUACAUCUGUAUUUGCAGUGAACUAAAACGUUCAAAAAAACACCAGCAUGGUCCUUUAACUUUGGUCUUAAACCACUGUUUAGUUUUUUCUUAAUACAGAACAUGUAUUUAACCAGUGAAAGGGAGCUGUUUGUUCAAUUGUGACAUUAACGUGUGUGAUGAGUACAAACUGUCUGUAUGCCUUAUUUCAGUCUGAAUGAGGCCAGUAAUCCCAGCCUACAGAACGAGCCCAAAACAUGUUUUAAUGUAAAUCUGAUGCCAAGCAAACGUGUCCAAAUACAAUAAAAGCAAUAACUUCA